CCCUCUGCAACAAUGGCUUCGCGUUUGGUUAAGAGCGCCGCUGGUGCUGCCCGGCUCCGCCCGACCCUCUCCUCGCGCACCGUCGCUCCCGUCACUGCCAACCUGACCGCGGCUCGCUUCAACUCCAACGUCCCCACCGAGGACCCCAAGAAGAAGGCUCAGUCCAUCCUCGAUGCUGUGCCCGGAAACUCGCUGGUCUCCAAGACCGCCCUCCUUUCCGCCGCUGCCGGUAUCUCCGUGGCCGCCAUCAGCAACGAACUCUACGUCAUGAACGAGGAAACCGUGGCUGCUUUCUGUCUUCUCAGCGUCUUCACUGCCGCUGCGAAGUACGGUGGUCCCAUGUACAGCGAGUGGGCUCAGGGCCAGGUCCAGAAGUACAAGGACAUCCUGAACUCCGCCCGUGCUGACCACACCGACGCUGUCAAGCAGCGCAUCACCAACGUCCAGGAGCUGUCCGGCGUUGUUGACCUGACCAAGCAGCUCUUUGCUGUUUCCAAGGAAACCGCCCAGCUCGAGGCUCAGGCCUACGAGCUCGAGCAGCGUACUGCUCUGGCCCACGAGGCCAAGCAGGUUCUGGACUCGUGGGUUCGCUACGAGGGCCAGGUUAAGCAGCGCCAGCAGAAGGAGCUUGCCGACACCAUCAUCGGCAAGAUCCAGAAGGAGCUUGAGAGCCCCAAGGUUCUCCAGCAGAUCCUGUCCCAGAGCGUUGCCGAUGUGGAGCGCAUCAUGUCCGCCAAGGCCCAGUAAACGGACUGGGAAUGACGGCUUCACUAUUAGCACCAUGUACAAAUUAAACCAGUUUCUGUGCUAAAUUAGACAAUUCAUUAUACUGUUUGAGAAAUCUACUUUAACAGGUGGCUAUAAUGU